CUCGUAUGCAGUACAUCAGCAGUAGUCUACCCUUCCCUCUGUGCAGACUGAGCUCGCUAUUGUUCAUGUACUGUAACCGGCUGUUCCGAUGCGGGACCCCGUCUCUAGGGACGGAGCUGAGUAUCAAUCUAUCUAUCUAUCUAUCUACAGCUUGUAGUUAUAUGCCAGGCAAUGAAUUGAUGUCUGUUGACCAAUACAUAUUUUCACGCGUACUCCUUUAUAUUCGCAUCUUCCAUCUUCACAGCUUUCUGUAGUAGCCUUAUAAUGGUGCAAUCGUAAAGAAACCUUCAUCAAUGUUACCAUUCCAUCUACCCAUAUACCUCACUCUCCUGGGAUUUCAUCACUUCCGUGAUGCAAUGGCCACGGAAGAACCCUUCAAAUCGAGUCUAUCUCCCGAAAGUACUGACUUUCUUCCUCCGGGUGCAUUCGUAGUGGCGGGACUCAUCCAGGCCACUGAAUUCGCGCAAUACCUAGAGGAAAACCCAGAAAUCGUGGUUAAGCAACUCCUGCUUUCUGAUUCUAGCGUCUGGGAUAUUGAGAACAAUUACGGAUUCUUGAACACGUCUAAAUAUUAUCCUCGCCGACCAGUGUUCACAGAUUCGGUUUGGGCCGCUUUUGGUGGUCCCGAAGAUGAUUUGGACAUUCCGGAUGAAGAAGCUGAUGCGGUCGCUCAUAAUACGAAGCUGUCGAGGAAACGGAAGCGUUCGCUGAGGGAUCAUCCAGCAGUCCUGGACCGGAUCCUCAAUCGCACCCAUACUUCCCUGGAGACAUUUUCGUAUCUUCUGUACAUUGAGAAUUGUCCCAGAUACAACCGCAGAAGACCACUUAAUCCGGAAGCUGCAAAGGAGUUGCGCCUCUUCAAUCGUGAUUUUCCACGAUUGAGGGAUCUGACAGUGAAAGCUAGUGGUGUUUGGAAACCAUUAGCGCGGACUUGUAAUACUGCCAACGCCGGCCGGAAAGUGCCCGAUGAUUUGGAGGAUGGGCAGAUGAGAAGGAUGCAGGGGUUUCCCCAGCUAGACACUGUCACUCAUUUACAUAUUAUGGGUAACCAAGACACUUGUGAUUGCGAAAGGCGUUCGCUGUCUUCGUAUCGCGACCAGUUCGAGAAUCUUUCUCAUUUCCGACUAACUGAUCAACGUCUCCUACCCCAUGAAUUUAAUCCUUGUCAUGUCAAUGCUGCGGGAUUCCGGGGCAUGGUGGAAGUUUUGAUAAGGGGAGUUUCACUAGGAGAAGAGUGGUUACGUCCCCUCUGGAAAAAAAUAAAGGGUAAGUUUUUGGGAGUAUCGUACGAAGAAAAGUGCAGGCCGUUCCCAAAAGACCUCACUGUGAUAGUCCAACCGGGCUUUUCCCCCAUGCUUGAGAAUUCCGGGUUUCGCGGUACGUCCGGCGUCGCCUAUAAUGAGGACCUCCACAGAUUGGACUCGAUGCAAGAUAUCAAUGUUCAUCUCAGUUGGCCUGUUCAAAGUGAUUGGGUGAAAUAUGGACGGGACGGGGUGUUUCCGCUCGAUAGAGCGAUAUUGAAUUUCAAGGAGCAUAUUUUUGGAGGGGGUGGUGAGUGGAAGAUUGGAGAGGAGCUAAAUAAAGAGACGCCUCGAGAGUGGUGGUGGAACUCUGAUCGGGAAGAAUUCAAUGUUACUCAUGAAGAGUUGUGAAGGAAUUGUUGCACAAUCACCUUGUUUGACUAGGUUUCUCUCCAUAUCUGAUUGAUACAGUCUUCCUUCCAUAAUAAUAUCGCAAAUAUGCCACAGAAUGCCAAUGAACCGGUCAUGCCAAGGAGGAUAAAAAAACUUGCUGGGCAAAGAAUUUGCUCUUCCUCUUCCGAAUGAUGUCAACUAGUUAGAGGCUCCAGCACUCGAUGAUUACUUAGUCCUUUUUUGUUAUGUUUCGACCAGGAAGUACCUAGAAAGAGAGACGAAGGACGACAAGAAAUCAGUCGGGAACCGUGACGUGCGCUGUGGAAGAAUCUGCUCGAGAAGUACUGUUGUAUGCCAUGUCGACUUUGGGACAGGUCAACCAGUUAUUAUCGUACAGGCAACAAACUCUUUAAGCUUUAAGAUGGAACUGAUAUAGCUCAACCUU